AUGGCUGCUGAGAAACAGGUCCCUGGCGGUAGCGGUGGUGGCGGUAGCGGCGGCAGCGGCGGUGGACGUGGUGCCGGUGGAGAGGAAAAUAAAGAAAACGAACGGCCUUCAGCAGGAUCAAAGGCAAACAAAGAAUUCGGGGAUAGCCUGAGUUUGGAGAUUCUUCAGAUCAUUAAGGAAUCCCAGCAGCAGCAUGGUUUACGGCAUGGAGAUUUUCAGAGGUACAGGGGCUACUGUUCUCGUAGACAGAGACGUCUCCGGAAGACACUCAACUUCAAGAUGGGGAAUAGACAUAAAUUCACAGGGAAGAAAGUAACCGAGGACCUUCUGACUGAUAACAGAUACUUGCUGUUGAUUCUAAUGGAUGCUGAGAGAGCCUGGAGCUAUGCCAUGCAGCUCAAACAGGAAGCCAACACCGAACCCCGAAAGCGGUUUCACUUGUUGUCUCGCCUACGCAAAGCCGUGAAGCACGCAGAGGAACUGGAACGCUUGUGUGAGAGCAAUCGGGUGGACGCCAAGACCAAGCUAGAGGCUCAGGCUUACACGGCUUACCUUGCGGGAAUGCUGCGUUUUGAACAUCAGGAAUGGAAAGCUGCUAUUGAGGCUUUUAACAAAUGCAAAACCAUCUACGAGAAGCUGGCCAGUGCGUUCACAGAAGAACAGGCUGUGCUGUACAGUCAGCGUGUGGAGGAGAUUUCGCCCAACAUACGCUAUUGUGCUUACAACAUUGGGGACCAAUCAGCCAUCAAUGAACUAAUGCAGAUGAGACUGCGAUCCGGAGGUACUGAGGGUCUCCUGGCGGAAAAACUGGAGGCGCUGAUCUCUCAGACUCGAGCCAAACAGGCAGCUACCAUGAGUGAAGUGCUGUGGAGAGGGAGAACGGUCCCGGUGAAGAUCGACAAAGUGCGGAUCUUCUUGCUGGGGCUGGCUGACAAUGAAGAGGCCAUCACCCAGGUAAGGCGCCGUGCCCACUCUGGUCUCCUCUGCAAACAGAGAGAUUACUCUCUUGAUGGGGAGUCGGCGAAGGUGUCUAAUCUGCAGUAUCUGCACAGGUGUUUCUUCAUUGCACAGUCCUACGUGCUGGUGAAGAAGUGGAGCGAAGCCCUUGUGCUGUACGACAGAGUCCUGAAGUACGCAGACGAAGUCAACUCUGACGACAACCAUGAGGCCUUCGAGAACAGCCUGAAGGUGAGACGUUGUCCUCUCCGUGUUUCCAAAGUCCUGGGAAGCUGUGCAGGGAGGCUCUGUCGGGGCUGGGAGGGUAGAACCACUGAUGAAGCCUUCCUACGCAAGGUGUGUCCAGCUUCACCGGGAGCUAGCCAGAAAUGCAGGCUCUCAGGCCGCACCCCAGACCUCCUGAGUCAGAAUCUUCAUUUUAACAAGAUCCCUAGGGGAUUCGGGUGCACACUAAAGCUUAAGAAGCAUUGCUCUAAAGGACAUGAGAGGCUGAGGCCAGAGAACGAAUGGCUCUGCCCUGAUGCAAGCGACUCCCACCAAACAGAGACAUCCUCCCAAGUCAAGGACAAUAAGCCUCUGGUUGAACGGUUUGAGACAUUCUGCCUGGACCCUUCUCUCGUCACCAAGCAAGCCAGCCUCGUGCACUUCCCGCCGGGAUUCCAGCCCAUCCCUUGCAAGCCUUUGUUCUUUGACCUGGCCCUCAACCAUGUGGCUUUCCCACCCCUCGAGGACAAGUUGGAGCAGAAGACCAAGAGUGGCCUCACCGGAUAUAUCAAGGGCAUCUUUGGAUUCAGGAGCUAACCAGGCCCUUCCUUGGGGCGGGGGGAGAGCCUGACUCUAAAUCUGUGUUGUGAGAAAAUCCCAGCAAGUUCCAUGAUAUUAAAUCCAGGUCCGCAUUGGCCCAGGGUGGGAGCUUGACGUCCACAGCCCUGCGUUCCUAUGUCUCGUGUGUUUAUGCACUUGCAUCCUUAACCCUGUGCAGGAGGGCGCCUGUCCUCUUCCAGUAAAUGUGUGCAGGGUCACUCUGUCUCCCACACCUCCUGGGGACGGGUCCCUGCCGUCCGGCCCCGUGUGAGCCGUGACUCCCUUUAGUCGGUGACGCACUCGGGGGGAGUCCACACCAUCCCUGGUGGGCCCUGGAGCUGUGUUGUGCUUCAUCAGUACCGUGGAUUUGACGUUGGCUCGUCCGUGCUGUGGGCGGCUGGUGAGCAUCAGCACCCCUGAGGGGUUUGUCCGUAGCCAUGAGCAUCGGCCCGUCCCUCCGGAAUUACAGCCGGCCUUACUCCCCUUCACCUCCAAGUGAAAGAACAAGAAAAGAGCUCUAUUUUUAAAAGAACUGUGUUGUACUCAGAAAUGAUUAAACCAAAUCUUCUAUUAAAAGGCAAAGAUGGUGGAGACUCUGUCCAGUUUACAUGACCUCGCCCCAUGUCCGGCCCUGGCCCUCUCCUGGGCUGCCAUGUCUGACCCUGUGAGGUCAAGUUCAUCCAGCUUCCAGGCAGUCAGGUUAUUGCCGAGGCCAGGUAAGGCUGUGGUAGAGGCACUGUUUUUAAAGAGAGUUGCCAAUCUAGUUUUUAAAUGCCGUUGUAUUUUAAGCAAUCGCCUUCCUUAUUCUUUAUUUUUUUCCUUAGUCAUCCUCAUUUCUUUUAUAUCAUCAGUAAUAGAAGUGACAAAGGCAGUGUAAGAAAGCAGGGAAUAAAAGUGAUGUCCACUUGAGACGCACAUGAGACCCCCGAAUCCCUCCAGACACCAAAACCCACCAGGGGACGUGCUGGCUUAGACAGUGGUUCAGACGUCCAGCCAGCCGGAGUGUCUGGAUGGCCAAAGAUCUGUGGAUAUUAUUCCAAAAGGGAAACCCAGUGUGGGCAAGACGGUGCUUCUUGUUCUGAGUGAGUUGCGGAAAGGGAUCGCCAGAGUUAGAGAAGGACAGUGGGAAUACAAAUGCAACUUUGUCGUUAGUAGUAGGUGGUCAAGGAGCCUUGCGAUGCUCAG